GGGAUGCCCACUAGCCGCCACACUGUCGCAAUCUUUCCGGGUUCUUCUGCUCGAACGCGGCGGCGUUCCGUACAAUAGACCUCACGUGAUGUCACACGACGGUUUCUUAACCACUCUUACCGACGUCAACAACUUCGACUCGCCGGCUCAGUCCUUCAUCUCUGAGGAAGGAGUCCCUAACGCCAGAGGCCGUGUUCUUGGAGGAAGCAGCGCAAUCAAUGCCGGAUUCUACAGCCGAGCUGAUAAACAGUUCUUUGAGAAUUCGGGUCUCAAUUGGGAUCUGACUACUGUGAAUCAGUCGUAUGAGUGGGUGGAGAGAGCUAUUGUGUUUAGACCUCAGCUCAGGACUUGGCAAUCUGCGAUUAGGGACGCGUUGCUUGAGGUUGGUGUCCAUCCGUUUAAUGGCUUCACUUUGGAGCAUAAAGUGGGGACUAAGAUCGGAGGUUCUACGUUCGAUCGUGCUGGGAGGAGGCAUAGCUCUGCAGAUCUUCUCAGAUAUUCAAGAAGUUCCAACAUUAGAGUUGCAGUGUACGCAACUGUGGAGAGAGUUUUGCUGGCUUCAUCUCCAAGUGACUCGGGUUCCAAUGUCUCUGCAAUUGGAGUGGUUUACCGUGAUCAGCUGGGACGAUACCAUCACGCGCUGAUCCGAGACAGAGGAGAGGUGAUUCUAUCUGCUGGUUCACUCGGUAGCCCACAGUUGCUGCUUCUUAGUGGAAUUGGUACAAGGAGUUAUCUUUCCACUUGGGGAAUCCCAGUGGCUCUUGACCAGCCUCAUGUGGGAGACUUUGUGUAUGAUAACCCGAGGAACGGUAUCUCCAUUGUUCCUCCGGUUCCAAUGGAGAGCUCACUGAUACAAGUCGUGGGAAUUACUGAGGAAGGGGCUUUUCUGGAGGCUGCUUCCAAUGUGAUUCCUUUUGCGUCGCCUAUACAUUCUGUUUUCAUCAGAGCUCCAGCUUCUCCUUUGUACGUCCCUGUGACAACUAUUAUGGAAAAGAUCCUAGGUCCAGUGUCUACUGGUUCACUAAGGUUGGCCUCAACGGAUGUGAGGAUAAACCCAAUUGUCAGGUUCAACUACUUUAGUGAUCCACAGGAUCUAGAGAGAUGUGUUAAUGGGACUAGGAAGAUUGGAGAAAUUCUCAGGAGCCGAGCUAUGCAGGACUUCAUGUUCAGGGAAUGGUUUGGGAGCCGUAGGUUCAGGUUCGUUGGAGUUCCAUUACCUGUGGACCAAUCAAAUGAUCUGGUGAUGGCAGAAUUCUGCAGACGAACUGUGAGCACAAUCUGGCACUACCAUGGAGGCUGCGUUGUGGGAAAAGUUGUGAACUCUGACCUCAAAGUCAUUGGUAUCGAUUCUCUCAGAAUCGUGGAUGGAUCAACCUUCAAUAUAUCUCCUGGGACUAAUCCCCAAGCUACCUUGAUGAUGCUGGGAAGGUACAUGGGGCUGCAGAUGCUGAGAGAGAGAAUGAGAUACAAAUGA